GGUUGAAUAUAGAGUCUAUAAAUUCCUUCUGGGUGUCCCUUUAAAACGUUCCUUGUUUCUCCACCUGAUUCUCCUGAUGGAAGACCAGCUGGGGCUCCCUCUUUGCAGUUCAUGCUGAAUAGUUGCUUGGAGAGGUGGUGCAUGAGCAGAGAUACACCUGGUGAUGGUUCAAAUGUGGGAAUUGCCCCAGAUGUGGUUGCUGCUGCUGCUGCUGCUCCCCCGGGAACAUGCCUUGAUGGGGAAUUAACACCAGUCAGUGAUGGGCUGUGGGACAAGCAAAGUGCUUCCCGAGCCCCCCAAAGAUGUGCAGCUAGACCUGGUUAAGAAAGUCGAACCUUACACAGGCCACAAUGACAUCUACAAGCAUUUCAUCAAAGAUGACUGCGGGGCUGUCAUCAAAGCUGGCUGUCCCUCCCCUCCGCACUACGCCCACCCGUGCCCCGGGAACGCGCUGCCUGCCCACGCGGCGCAGCCCGAGCCCCGCAAGAACAAAGUGGCUAAGUACCGCGCCAAGUUCGACCCCAGGGUGACGGCCAAGUACGACAUCAAAGCCCUGAUCGGGCGGGGCAGCUUCAGCCGUGUGGUGCGCGUGGAGCACAAGGCCACCAAGCAGCCUUACGCCAUCAAGAUGAUCGAGACCAAGUACCGCGAGGGCAGGGAGGUGUGCGAGUCGGAGCUGAGCGUGCUGCGGCGCGUGCGCCACACCAACAUCAUCCAGCUCAUCGAGGUGUUCGAGACGCAGGACCGCGUCUACAUGGUCAUGGAGCUGGCGACCGGCGGAGAGCUCUUCGACCGCAUCAUCGCCAAAGGCUCCUUCACCGAGAGGGAUGCCACGCGGGUGCUGCAGAUGGUGCUGGAUGGGGUGAGGUACCUGCACACGCUGGGAAUCACACACCGGGACUUAAAGCCGGAGAACCUGCUGUACUACCACCCGGGAACGGACUCCAAAAUCAUGAUUACGGACUUUGGGCUGGCAAGCGCUCGGAAGAAGGGAGAUGACUGCCUGAUGAAAACCACGUGCGGCACCCCAGAGUACAUUGCUCCCGAGAUCUACAUUCUCCUCAGCGGCACGAUGCCCUUCGAGGACGACAACCGCACCCGCCUGUAUCGGCAGAUCCUGAAGGGAAAGUACAGUUACUCAGGAGAGCCCUGGCCCAGUGUGUCCAACCUGGCCAAGGAUUUCAUCGAUCGUCUGCUCACAGUGGACCCCAGUGACAGGAUGACAGCCCUUCAGGCCCUGAAGCACCCGUGGGUGGUCAGCAUGGCAGCCUCUUCCUCCAUGAAGAACCUCCACCGUUCCAUCUCACAAAACCUUCUCAAGAGGGCAUCUUCCCGCUGCCAGAGCACCAAGUCUGCGCAGUCCACCCGCUCCAGCCGCUCCACCAAAUCCAACAAGUCGCGGCGAGUUCGGGAGCGGGAGCUGCGCGAGCUCAACCUGCGCUACCAGCAGCAGUACACUGGCUGA